UUCAUUGUAUUCCAAGUAUUGAUUCUUAUCACAGGUCAGUAGAGUAAAGACAAUUGCCUAUAGUUUUUUGUGGGGUUAAGUUUAUAAUGUUACAGUUUCACCUCCUGUUUGGACAUGGGCAGCAGAUAUGACAAUGUUAUGAUUAGACCAAUAAAAAUAAACAAUAAAAAAGACAAAAAAACAGCCACUUUAUUUUGUUAAAUUAUGGUUUAAAUCACCGGAAAAAAUUUUUUGUUUGUCAGUUGUCCUUGGAUUUUGAAUGGAAUUUUCCAUGUUGAUGGCACAGGAAUUUGCUACUUUCUGUAUUUUUGUACUUUUCGUUCUUUCUAAAAAAAAAAAAAAAAAAAAAAAGAAUCCCACAAACUCGCACCAUGACAAAUAUUUACCACAAGUACCAUUCCACCACAAGAAAUUAUUCGAAAAAUGUGAAAAUCUGUUUUAAAGAAUGUGCAUCAUCAGUACAAGUAAAGUUUAAAUUAUAUUGCACAAGUAGGAUACAAAUAAACCAUUUGUUACACAGAAUAACUAUAAUAAAACAUAUAAUAAAGAGACUAGUACAAAUAACUCAUUGCUUUGAACCUUUCCAUAUUUAUUUCUUCUUCUCUGUGUGUGCAGAGUGCAGGGAGGAAAUGUAUCCCUGCAGCAGAAUGUACUCUGUCCAUCGGCCGAUGAAGAAAUGCAUCGGAGGCUUUUGUCUCUACAGCCUCCAGCGCAUGUACGUGAUCAACAAUGAGAUCUGCACGAGGACCGUGUGCCCACAGGACGAGUACUUGAAAGCUGAACUGUGCAGGGAGCGGUCCGGGUGGCCCAGACGCAUCGAGAGGUCGUCCAAUCAGAGGAGGCGUUGUCGCAGUCGUCGUGGCAACCCUGACACCUGGGCAAACAAGGUCUAACGGAGCCUCGAGUCGGGCCAUAAAAUAUAAUGUGUAUAAGUCUAUAAAACCCCGUCUUCACACCCCAGGCGUUCCUCUCAUAUAACACACGCUGUCACUUUUGAUUUAAUCUGUGUUUAUCGAUUUCACUUAAUUGUCUGUGAACAUCACGGAGAGCUGGUUUCAUAUCUACACAGCUGACAAAGAUGGUUUAUGAUCAGAGAUGGGUGCUACUCAGUUACAUUUACUCAAGCACACUUUGUACUUACUCAUAUCAUACUUUUACUCCUACUUGAGUUACAUAUUUCACAGUGCAACAGUACUCUUACUUGAAUAAAAGUUACAACCCAGCUGUUUUUCUUUAAAGGUGCAUUGUGUAACCUGCUGUGUAAAAUGCUUUUCUCCAUGGACAUGUUAUUUCUUUGUCUGAAAUGUUUCACAGUAUGAUAUUAAAUGUUUUUAUCUUCAUGGAGACAAAACCAGAGCAAGUUACAGCGCAGAUCUGUGGAGAGGCGACCCAGCUCACAGUCAGAAUGUCUGUUUGUCUAGGUCAGGGGUCUCCAAACUUUUUCCUUGGUGAGCUACUUUUACAAAAUGAAAAUGCCAAAGAGUUCCUCAUUUUAGUGGUCACAUAAAACUGAGUAAAUCUAAAAGCCACGGCGUUAGAUGGAGUACAGUUAUACAUUUAUUUAGUGGACAAAUUUAGUCAUGAAAAUUAUACAUUUAUGAUGGCAAUAGCCUUUUAAUCAAUCCAAUUUUAAUUAUUCAGCAUAUAAUUCUGAAAUCUCUUGGCGAGCUCCUAGAAAGGGGGUGGAGAGCUACUGGGAUCUCCCGAACUACAGGUUGGAGUCCAGGUCCAGGUAUUUCUGAGCAGUAACUGAAUAAAUGUAAAGUAGAGCUGUUUAAUGUCAUACUGUGGAACAUUCCAGGCAGAGCAGUGACAUAUCCAUAGAAACAAGCAAGCGACGAAUCCCCAACCAAAAAGUUACAUAGUGUACCUUUAAGUUACUUACUUGAGUAGUAGUUUCUGCACAUUUUUUUUUACAGUUACUUGAGUAAUUUCCUGAACCAUUCCUUUGUACUUUUACUUGAGUAAUUUUGUACAAGUGCAAGUUUUGGCAACACAGCUGCUCUGGUCAUCAUUUUACACAAGAUUUAUAGAAAGUGUUAAAGGACCACUAUGUAACUUUUCUGGUGUGAUACCUGCUUGUCUCCAUGAAGCUGUUAUUGCUUUGCCAAAAAAUGAUCUAGCUUAUCUGUCUCCAUGGUGACAAGGUGACUGGUCAAGUGAUAUCCGUUUUAAAGCCUUACUGUGGAACAUUCCAGGCCAAGAAAUAACAUCACCAUGGAGACAAACAGGUGGCAGAAAGUUAAGCUACACACAGAAUAUAUCAUGUUACUGUACUUUUGUAUGGAAUAAAAUGCUCAGUUAAUCAUAAA